AUGAUAAACAUCCUGAACAGUUUUCUGGCCGAAAGAACGUUCCAGGUCAAUGUGGAGGGGCAUUUGUCGCCAGCACAUCCGCUGGAAAAUGGUGUACCACCGGGCUCAGUGCUCUCGGUUACGUUGUUUCUCGUGGCUAUUCAACCCAUCUUUCGCGUGGUUCCGAACUCCGUACAGAUAUUGCUGUACGAUGACGACAUUCUGCUUCUAGUAUGGGGGAAGAAAGACCAGUCGUUCCUUCGAAAACUUCAAUCCGCAGUGAAAGCCGUCGAUAAAUGCCCGAAUGCCCGCCGCGAACCCACGCAAGCGAUAAAGAGAGAUGGUGUAACUAUUCCGACACAAACGCUGCUGAAAACCCUCGGUGUUACCCUCGACCGACCGCUCAACUUUAAAGCGCAUUGUAAAAUGACGAAAAAAGCUUGCGAAUCCAGGCUGCGUAUCCUGAAGAUGAUCGGUGCCAAGUUACCUCGUAGUCAUCGUGCGUCUCUACUGCAAAUCGGGUCAGCAAUUGUUACCUCUCGACUACUCUACGGCAUGGGGCUCGUAAGCAGAGGAGCAGAUGCAGUCAUCCAAAUUCUCGCAGCUGACUACAACGGGAUGAUAAGAUUCGCAUCUGGAGCAUAUGUCACGAGCCCAAUCCUAGCCAGUAUGGCUGAAGCAGAGGUGGUCGGAGCGCCUCUUCCAAAUACUUGCUCUCGUACGCGGUUAACUACUCGGAAGUGGUACGAAGCCAAACCCCAGAUCGUGUGGGAUGUUAAGAAACGCGUAAAAGCCGAAGAUCCUUCUGAAAUUGUUCGUCCAAUCGUUCAGGAGCUACUGACAGAACGUUUUAGCCGCUCAACAGUCGUGUACACAGAUGGCUCGAAAGACGAUAUCGCUGUAGGCGCAGGAGUUUUCGGAGAACACUUCCAACAAUCGAUUGGCCUUCCGCCGCAAUGCAGUGUCUUCUUCGCCGAGGCUUUCGCAAUAAGAACAGCGCUAACUGCGUACCACACGUCAAGAGAUCUGCUACUAGUGUCAGAUUCGGCUGGCUGUCUAUCAGCAAUGGAAGCUGGUACAUCCCAGCACCCGUGCGUCCAGGAGAUUGAGAACAUGCUUCGAAACCGUCCAAUUAAGCUGUGCUGGAUUCCGGGUCACGCUGGCAUGCGCGGUAAUGAAGAGGCAGAUCGGCUCGCUGGAGAAGUCAGGGGCAUUGCUCCAUUGAAUACAUCUGUUCCGGGUGCAGACGCCGUCUACCAAAUCAAAACAGUCAUUCGAAACCAUAUUGAUCAGCGUCCGCUGAAGUCAAGCUUCGUGAAAUCAAAUUUGACACGAAAGAAUACUUAUGAUUGUCCUGGAACCACUUCCUACAUCUUCUACUGGUCUCUUCCGAAUUCCACCGUAGUCGCUAGCUGCUCACUAAUAGUAAUUUUGAGUUCCACACUUCUGUACAUCGCCAUCUCCCUCGCUCAGCUUAUUACGCUAGCUAGCCGGACUCCCCGUCAAUUACCAUGCGGCGGCAGUCUCUUCGGAUUGUAUCUCAUUGUCUACCCCGGCACCAGUAGUAGUAGUAGUAGUAGUGAUAGUAUCCGUUUGGCCUUGUGGCGAGCUUUCGACUUCGUUGACAGCUGCGCACUAGCCGUAGUCUACCAGUCGCGCCCCGCUCACACCACCUACUACCAGCCGUAA